GGCUGGCUCGCGAUGUCGAGACGCCCCCCGCGGGGGCCCCGGGGAGCCGGGCCGAGAGGGAGGGCCCCGGAGGCUCAGGCUGCCCAGUGGGCUCAGGCCCAGAGCCCAGAGCCCAGAGCAACCAGCACAAUAGCGUCCAACAGCUGGAAUGCCAGCAGCAGCCCCGGGGAGGCCCGGGAGGAUGGGCCCGAGGGCCUGGACAAGGGGCUGGACAACGAUGCGGAGGGCGUGUGGAGCCCGGACAUCGAGCAGAGCUUCCAGGAGGCCCUGGCCAUCUACCCACCCUGCGGCCGUCGCAAGAUCAUCCUGUCGGACGAGGGCAAGAUGUACGGCCGAAAUGAGUUGAUCGCACGGUAUAUUAAAUUGAGGACGGGAAAGACUCGGACAAGAAAACAGGUCUCUAGCCACUUGCAGGUUCUAGCCAGGCGGAAAUCUCGGGAGAUUCAGUCCAAGCUGAAGGCCAUGAACCUGGACCAGGUCUCCAAGGACAAAGCCCUCCAGAGCAUGGCGUCCAUGUCCUCUGCCCAGAUUGUCUCAGCCAGCGUCCUACAGAACAAGUUCAGCCCACCCUCCCCUCUGCCCCAGGCCGUCUUCUCCACUUCCUCUCGGUUCUGGAGCAGCCCCCCUCUCCUGGGACAGCAGCCUGGACCCUCUCAGGACAUCAAGCCCUUUGCACAGCCAGCCUACCCCGUCCAGCCACCCCUGCCGCCGACGCUCAGCAGUUAUGAGCCCCUGGCCCCGCUCCCCUCAGCUGCUGCCUCUGUGCCUGUGUGGCAGGACCGCACCAUCGCCUCCUCCCGGCUGCGGCUCCUCGAAUAUUCCGCCUUCAUGGAGGUGCAGCGCGACCCUGACACGUACAGCAAACACCUGUUUGUGCACAUCGGCCAGACGAAUCCCGCCUUCUCAGACCCGCCCCUGGAGGCAGUGGAUGUGCGUCAGAUCUACGACAAGUUUCCCGAGAAGAAGGGUGGCCUGAAGGAGCUCUAUGAAAAGGGGCCCCCUAACGCCUUCUUCCUCGUCAAGUUCUGGGCCGACCUCAACAGCACCAUCCAGGAGGGCCCGGGGGCCUUCUACGGGGUCAGCUCCCAGUACAGCUCGGCCGACAGCAUGACCAUCAGCGUCUCCACCAAGGUGUGCUCCUUUGGCAAGCAGGUGGUGGAGAAGGUGGAGACCGAGUACGCCAGGCUGGAGAACGGGCGCUUCGUGUACCGCAUCCACCGCUCGCCCAUGUGCGAGUACAUGAUCAACUUCAUCCACAAGCUCAAGCACCUGCCCGAAAAGUACAUGAUGAACAGCGUCCUGGAGAACUUCACCAUCCUGCAGGUGGUCACGAGCCGGGACUCCCAGGAGACCUUGCUCGUCAUUGCUUUCGUCUUUGAAGUCUCCACCAGCGAGCACGGGGCCCAGCACCACGUCUACAAACUCGUCAAAGACUAGGGUGCCCUCCGCCCCCACCAUCACAAUCCAGGACGAGCAUCUUCUCCACACACCUGCCUGGCACCCCUAGGGGUCCAGGAUUGAGGACUCAUCCACCUGCCAGGCCUCAGGCCCAGGACCCAGGAGGCCUCCCCAUCUACCCUGCACACACACUCCCUGCCACUGUUCUGCGCUUUAACUGAGGGAGAAGAGAGGAGAGCUCAGCGGUGGGGCAGCCUGGCGGUUACGCUGACCACCAUACCCAGCUCUGCCCAGCCUCGAAAGACUGGGAGGACACCUUUGAGCCCAGGCACCCAUGGCCGCUGGCCCCUCACGGGACUGUGAUGGGCGGGUGAGGGCAGAAUGGAGACCAAGGGAACCGGAGUGCAGAGGCCCCAGAAGGGGAGUGUUGAGUUGGGGUCAAGUUGAGAAGAAGAAAGAGGAGCCCACACUUUCUGUGCGCCUGCUGUGUGCCAGGCCUCGUGCAGGCCCCCAAGUGCCUUGUGCCAUCCUCAGACCCUGCACGGCAAGCGUGGGGCUCGCUAUCUCAGUGGAGGGACCUGUGGGAGGGGUGGGUGGAGUUGGAGUCCUCCCCCGGCGCUGCCUGUCCCUAGAGCCCAGGUUUAUGCUACCUCCCUGGAGUGGGGGCUGGCCACGGGGGCAGGAGGGAGGGUCUGCACUGAGGGGCCAGCCGGCUGGAUUGGGGGCCUGAACAGACCACCUCCUUCCAGAGCACGGGGGACUCCUGUACGGCCCUCAGAGCUGCCUGACCCAGGUCCAGUCCCGAGCCACCCAGCAGCCUCCCGAUGGGCGAAGGCUUCCAGGGGCAGGCCCAGGCCUGAAGCAGGCUGGAGGGUCAGGUGGGAGGAUGAAGCCCCAGCCCCUGGGCAGGCCACUGGCCCAGGGACAAGGGGUAGCGGAAAAGUUUGGCAUUUUCUCUUGCCUAAGACUUGCGUCUGGUGGUGAACCCUCGGGGGGCACCCGUCCCUUCUGUUUUCCCCACUUCAGUCUCUCCGGCCUGGAGCAGCAGCUCCCCACACCCCGUUCUGGGAUUGAAGGUUAACCCUUCCCCGGCAGCCCCUUCUCAAUACCCAGGCUCCUCGGCCCCCAGCCCCGUCCUCCCGCUGCCCGUGGGUAUUUAUGAGUUUCGUAUGAAGUACUGUGCCCCUUCCUCCCCCGGCCCGGCCACCCCUGAGCUUCCUGAAGGUCCUCACAGUUUGCAUAUCGCUCAGGCCACCUCCAAACCCAACCUAGGUUUUAUAAUGUAUAUUAUAUAUUUGUUGUGUAUUUUUUAAAUCCAGCUGUGAUGGGUUAUAUCGUAAAUGUGGCGCAAGGCUGGCGCAGGGGCCCUCAAGGCCCAGCUCCUGCUUAAAAAAAAAAAUUAAAAGUUAUUUGUUUGUGGGUUAGUCGUGUGACCAGUUGUGUGCCAUACCUCUGGGUUUGGGCAGCUUCGGGUGGGCACUCCUCGUGGCUCAGG